CUGACCAUCCGUGGAGUGUCCAGGUGCCCUGAAGAGCUAUGAAAAUAUCACUCAGCCCCUAGGGACCAGAACCUGCACAGACGCUGUUCUGCAUGAUGACCUAUUCUUUGAGUGAGCCUGGCGAGAACCAGACUAUCUCCGAUGGCUUCAUCUUGGUGGGCUUUUCCUACCUUAACGAGCUGCAAAUCCUUCUGUUUCUGCUGCUUCUGGUCACCUACCCAAUCGCACUGGUGGGGAACCUGCUUGUUAUCCUCUUGAUAAUACUAAACUCCUCUCUCCACACCCCCAUGUAUUUCUUCCUUGUGAACCUGUCUCUCUUGGAAAUCUGCUACACCACCAAUGUGACCCCUCAGCUGCUGGUUCACCUGCUGGUGGAGCAAAAGACCAUCUCCUUUGUGGGCUGUAUGGUCCAGAUGUUGGUCUUCACUGCCCUGGCUCUCGCAGAAUGCUGCCUCCUCGCAGCCAUGGCCUACGAUCGCUACGUAGCCAUAUGCCACCCCUUGCACUAUACCACCAUCAUGAAUGGCCGGGUGUGUGCAAUGCUCCUGGGUGUUUCAUGGACCAUUGGCCUCUUGGUGGAAUCAGCUGAGACCACGUGGCUCUUCAGCCUGCCCUUCUGUGGCUCCAACCGCAUCCCCCACUUCUUCUGUGACAUCCGGCCGGUGGAAAUGAUGGUGUGUGCCGACGUAUCGAAAAAUGAAAUUGUGGGUUUGACUGUGUCUGCUCUGUUCAUCAUGGGCCCUUUCAUAUUAAUAAUACUGUCCUACAUCCUCAUCCUCUCCACCAUCCUCAGGCUGCCGUCGGCAGAGGGGAGGCGUAAAGCCUUCUCCACCUGCUCCUCCCACCUCAUUGUCGUGACUUUGUUCUAUGGAACUUGCCUUUCAACUUAUCUAAAACCCAUAUCCAGCUACACGCCAGAGAGUGAUCAUUGGAUUUCCCUCAUUUACACAGUUGUGACACCCAUUUUGAACCCCAUAAUAUACAGUCUGAGGAACAAAGAGGUGCAUAGAGCCUUCAGAAAAACUCUGGAGAAGAGUGUCUGUUCCCAAUUAGCGGAAGGAAAAGGCGAGUUUGUUGAAAGAGUGGAAUGGGGGUAA